AUGCCUCCUCGUAGAUCAGCACGUAUUGCUGCUAAAGAAAAAUCCAAUGUGCAUCCAUCCAUAGUGGAUACUGAAAGUGAUGACCAAAUAACCGAUAAUGUUAGAAAAACUACCCGUAAAAGAAGAAAGAAAAAUGAGGUAACCGAUAAAACUACUGAUAUUGCUCCUACCAAGGUUACGAGCAAUAAAGAAACAUCAAACAUAAUCCAAGAGUUUUUAGUUGAGCCUAAAGAGGCAUCAAAUCCAAAAGAAGUGUCAUCAAUUGAGGAUUUUAAUGAAGAAUUAAAUAUUGUUUCCAACUCGAAAAUUAUUGAUAAGGGAAAGUCAAAAGAGAUCGUUCAUCAUUCUGAUGGAAGUACGAGUAUUUUUGAAACUAUAGAUACCGAAUGGUUGCGACUUAAAAAAUCUGAACAGCAAGUUAAUACUCCUAGUAUAAAUGAAGAUGAAGACAAUAGCGAUAAUAGUGAUGAAUGGGAGGAAGUCGAUUUGUCACAAUAUAACAAUAAUUUGUCUGAUUCGCAAGUUAGUUCAAUUCCAAACGAAACAAUUGAAAUUACCUUCAAGGCUCCAAAGAUUGAAUACAAACCCAAGGGAAUCACUAAAAUAGAAAGAACUAUACAGCAAAAUAUUCAUAAAACCCAUUUGCUAACACUUCUUACUCACGGUAUAAUUAGAAAUCAAUGGUGCAACGAUGACUUGACAAAGGCUAUAGCAUGUUCAUUAAUUGCACGUGAUAUGUUGGCUCUUUUUGAUCAAGUUCUAUGCUCGAGAGGUAGAUUCACACUAAUUACAGCAUUAGAAGAGUUGGUUAGGUGGUGGAAAUCAUAUUUUAAAAUCACGAAACCCGGACUCCGUGCAUUGGAUGCAAGGGAUUACCCUGAAUUUAAAGUUAAUGAUAUUUUUAAGAUUGAUGAAACGUUUUGUGAACAUCAUUCUUCUAUCGAUUCCUUUCGCAAAAGUCUUCAAGACGGAAGCGGGAGUCGUGAUACAUCUGCACAAUUAUUUGUUGCUUUAUUAAGGUCUUUAGGAAUUCCUGCUCGUUUGGUAUUUUCUUUGCAAGCAGUCUCAUUCAAGAUUACACGUGUGAAUGAUUCAUGUCAAAAAAAGACUGAAGAAAUUACUGAAAGAUCAGAGAAAAAAGAUAUACGUGACGAUGAUAAUGUUCGAAGAAUACUUGGGAUUGGAAAAUUCAGAAUGCCUCGUAAAGUUAAGAGUAAUGAUAAUAAACAGAAAACCAAUUUAGAUGAUGAUUAUGAUCCUACUGUUAAAAAGAGGCCUGCUGUUCGUUCUCGCAGGUCUCAGAGCAUCUCUAAAAAUAUACGAGCAGAAUCAUCUAAUUGCUUUAUACUUGAUCCUGAUUCUGCUCCAAUUUUUUGGUGCGAAGUAUAUUAUGCGACCCAAAAAAAAUGGAUAUGUGUUGAUCCGGUUCGCGCUCGUGUUAAUGCUCCGAAAUCAAUGGAACCUCCUUCAAAUGCAAAAGAUAAUAUAAUGGCUUAUGUUGUUGCUUAUGAAAAAGAUGGUUAUAUAAAGGAUGUUACUCGUAGAUACUCGGCACAAUGGGGUGCUCGAACACGCAAGUUACGCAUACCUGAAAAAGAUGGACAGAAUUGGUGGGAUGAAACAUUGGCGUAUUUUGCUCGUCCGUAUGAGAGG